AUGGACAGUGCACCAACCCAUUCCACUGACAUCCAAGACAACAGCGAUACUCUUGGACCCAGCUCAUCUCCAAAUGCAAGAAGCGACGCCUCGAGUGAGAGCAGAGCCGAAAGUCGACGGCAGAUUCAGGCAGCAUGUUGUGCUGUCUUCCUGGCCUUGCUUAGCAACUUCAGCUAUUAUGCCGCUGAGCUACCUCUCCUAGCACUGGUAGAGCGAAGAGUCUGCGAUCAUCACUACCGGAUCCUUCUCGACAAGCGUUUGGCCAUAACUCAGCCACUGGAUGGGCGUUCCUGUAUGAUACCGGAAGUCCAAAACAAGGUCGCUUUCGUUGUAGGGUCAAAGACUGCGCUUGACGCAAUACCUCCACUACUGACCUCUUUCUGGUAUGGCUCGAUCGCUAAUCGUAUUGGUCGCCGGCCAGUCGUCCUACUGGCUUGCUCAGGAGAGCUUCUCAAUCUUCUAGCAACUAUCUCCAUAGGCUUCACCCAGAUCAGUGAUAAUAUUGAGUGGAUUUGGCUUGCGAGCGUCUUCCUCGCAAUCGGAGGAGGUCAAUUCUUACUCUACGCAAUACUGGAUGUGAUUGUCAUCGAUGUCACGCAGGAAUCAAAAAGGGUUCAGUGGUUGUCUCUUCUGCACGCUACUACCCUUCUCAACGAACUUUGUGCAGCUCCUUUGGCUGCGAUACUCAUGCAACAAAGCCUCAUGACUGCAUUCUGGGUGGUAAUAUGUGCUGCAUUGGUUCGGUAUCCUGUGAUCUGGAUGCUCCCAGAAACAGUUCAGGAAGAACAAGCUGUUCAAGAGACGUCAGGCUUAGAGAAUGAUACCCAGAUCGCGAACAUUUCGAAAGAUCGACAGCCCCUUCUCGUGAAGCCAAAUAUAGUCAAAGAAAAUCAGCCAACGACACUCGGUCUGAUAAAGCUCUUGGUCUCCUACCAAGGCAUUGUAUUCUGUUACGCAUGCUUUCUUGUAAAACGAAUCGCUUUUACAAGCGAGUUUCUCAUGUUUCAACGCACAUCCGAGCUUCUCAGGCAACCAUUGGAUAAGACUGCAUGGAUUCGCAUACCACUAGGAGCCAGUGCCACUUUUGUCACGCUGAUUUGCAUUCCCAUGUACUUCGAAACCUUCGGGGAAACACGUCUCCGGAGUGACGCCCUGAAGUAUGAAAUGAGAGCUCUGCGUGUAAGCUUGUCAAUAUUGACAACUGGCUUCGGUAUCUAUUGGCUGGCAUCGAAUCGAACAUGGAUGGCAUUGGGUCUACUUUUUUGUGGGGCAGGCGAAGGGCUUGCACCAUCGCUACAAGCACUAGCAUCCAACAUUGUCCCAUCAUACAUACAUACCAAUCUCUUCGCAAUUAUCAGCCUUGUUGAUACGUCGGCAAAACUUUUUGGGGGUCCUAUCAUGGCAGCAGCAUACUCGAUACGCGAUGAAGCAGGACAGAGCUAUGGCCUCUGCUUUGCACUUUCAAUGACGAUAACUGAAUAG